AUGAAACGGCAAGAAGAAUUGCUGGUGACCGACAUUGAUUCCCUCAGCAGGAGUCUUGAAUUUGAUACAAGAACAACCGUGAUGAUCCGGAACAUUCCAAACAAGUAUACACAACAAGCAUUGCUUCAAUUGAUCGAUGUCAAUCAUGCUGGAACAUACGAUUUUUUCUACCUUCCGAUAGAUUUUCGCAACAAGUGCAACCUUGGCUAUGCCUUUUUGAAUUUCAAGUCUCCGAUCAGUAUUUUGUCAUUGGUGAAGGAGUUUGCUGGGAAAAGGUGGGAAAGGUUUCGCAGCGAGAAAGUCUGUGAGAUCACAUAUGCACGGAUACAGGGUAAGCAGGCUCUGAUCGAGCACUUUCGGUCCUCCAGACUGAUGCACAAACACGAGAAAUACCGCCCUAUAGUUGUGACUGAUGAUGGAAAU